AUGUUACACCAAGCACCAAAUGUCUCUGCAGAAAUGUCUCAUAUCAACCAAACUAUAUUUACAUUUGUUGGAUUCACACAUGGUCUUUGGGCACAUUCCAGUUUACUAUUCAUUGUACUUUAUAUUCUAUGUCUAACUGGGAACUUGUUUAUUAUAACAGCCACCUGGCUGGACAAACGUCUCCAUAUCCCCAUGUAUUUCUUCCUCAGCAGCCUGGCUUUCUUGGAUAUUUGUUUUAUAUCAUCCACAGUCCCCAAACUGCUCAGUGUUCUGGUUUACAACCACAGGACAAUCUCUUUAUCUGGAUGCACUGUGCAGCUUUACUUCUAUCUGUCACUUGGAACUACAGAAUUUUAUCAUUUGGCUGUCAUGUCAGUGGAUCGGUAUGUGGCAAUCUGUCUUCCACUGAGGUACCAUUCAAUCUUCACCAACAGAAACUGUCUAUGGUUGGUACUGUUAUCUUGGAUUUUUGGAUUUAUUACUUUCAUCUAUCCCAUAAUAUUAGUCCCUGAUUUGUCUUUCUGUGGUCCAUAUGAAAUCAAUCAUUUCUUCUGUGAUAGUUCAGCCUUAGUGAAGAUCAGUUGCUCUGGUGCAAGACAGUUUGAUAUGGUUUGUGCCAUUUUCGCCUCAGCUGUAAUUUUGAGCUCUUUCUUCCUCACCUUAAUAUCCUAUUGCAACAUUCUCAUUGCCAUACUAAUGAUACCAUCCACCAGUGGCAAAAUCAAAGCUUUCUCCACUUGCACAUCUCACUUCACUGUGGUCACUUUAACCUAUGGCAGUGCCAUCUUUAUUUAUGUACGACCAUCUGAAAAUUCCUCCCUUGACUUUACAAAAACUGUUGCCCUUCUUAACAGUGUCUUGACCCCAGUACUUAAUCCCUUUAUAUACAGCCUACGAAAUAAGCAAGUCCAACAAGUCUUACAAGACUUAGGGUUGAGGAUUGUUUCAUACAAAAGCUUCUUUUACUAA